AUGGAGUCUGUUUCUUCUCAAAUUUCUCAACCUCUUUUAAAUUCUAAACAAAAGACUCCUUCCUAUCAAAGCAUAGAUAAUGAUGAAAUACUUGAGGAGGAAUGUUUGUCCCAAUGGGAUAUGAUUAAACUAACACUUUGCAUGGCCGGUUUACAAUUUGCAUUGUCAUUAGGGUUAUCACCUGAGCUGAUAGCUCUUGUAUGGUUUGCAGGACCACUGUCCGGAUUUGUGAUACAACCACUCGUUGGUGCAUUUAGCGACAAAUGCACCUCUAGAAUAGGUCGUCGAAGACCAUUCAUUAUUAUUGGAGGGUUGUUAGUUUGUAUAUCUAUGGUCUCUAUCGCUUAUUCAAAAGAAUGGGCUGCGGCCUUACUUGGAAAAAAAACAACUAUUAAAUCAAAUGACCAUGAGCUUAAAAACAUGGCAAUUAUUAUCGCAGUCGCUGGAUUUUAUUGUUUAGACUUUUCUUUAAAUGCUGUUCAAGCCUCCAUACGUGCUUUGAUUCUUGAUAUUCCUCCUGUUUAUCAGCAAGAAGCUGGUAAUGCAUGGGCUGGUAGAAUGUUGCAUAUUGGAAAUAUUGCUGGAUAUUUCACCGGAUUUUUAGAUUUAUUGGUUUUGUUUCCGUUCUUAGGAGACAGCCAACUUAAAGUUUUAUGUGUAAUCGCAUGUAUAGUGUUUACUCUAUCAUUACUUUACACAUGUUUAAAUGUCAGAGAAAAAGUAUAUGAACCUGUAGAUGAUGAUUCCAGAUAUCUUCCAUCUCCCAUUCAAAAAAUUUGUAACGUUCAAUUCUUUUCUUGGAUGGGUUGGUUUCCUUUUCUGUUUUUCAGCUCGAGUUGGAUAGCAUCUGUAUAUGCAAGAACCCAUUCGAUUGAUGAUCCUGAUUUCUUUGACAAGUCAACUCGAUAUGGAUCAUUUGCGUUGUUAAUGUAUUCAUGGAUUUCUUUUUUGGCCGGGUUUAUUAUUCCGCAGCUUACUCCAACAUCCCCUUCAAGCAAAAACCCUUUCACCAUUUACAACAUUUAUACAAUUUCUCACAUUUUGUUUGCUUUGAUAGCGUGGAGUACAUUAUUUGUUAAUAAUGUCGAACAGUCAAUCUUCCUUAUUGGUAGUUUUGGUAUUCCCUGGGCCAUAUCAAUGUGGAUACCAUUCGCAUUGGUUGGUGAGUACGUAAGGCAAGAAGAUGAAAUACAAAUACAAGAAAACACUGAAGUUAGACCAUUAACAAAUAAUGAUAUCGAGCAAGAAGCUUCUAUGAGUUUAGAGCUUUCUCCAACAUCAUCAUCUGCUGCUACUACUUUGCAUAGUGAAGAUGAAAAGUUUGCUUCAGGGAUGAUAUUGGGUGUACAUAAUUUAUAUAUUGUAUUACCUCAAUUAGUUGUAUCUUUAACCAGUUCUGUAAUUAUUAAGCUGAUAAAUGAUAUUUCUGGUGCAGAUAAUAAUGAUGCAUUUGGUUGGGUUUUUAGAUUUGGUGGUGCAAUGUCUAUAAUAGCUGCGAUAUUGUCACGAUAUCUCGAUAAAUUAAAUGUUUAUCGCAGAUAA